GGAGCAACGUAAAAUCCUUCUUCUGGUUGUGGUUUGAAAUGGAACUCGUGAAUUGUGACACGAGCUCCGGCUGCUGACGCUAUACGAUCCAUGUAUUCUUCUUGCUCGAGGAAAAGGAAGAGACUAAGACCUACGAAACUGUAAAGUGGUGUGCAUCGUUACUUUUAUCUCAGUUUCAAUGGGACCACUUAGGUAGUGGAGGACAAGAAGAGAUAUGGAUGUUGUAAAUCCUGGAGCAACGUAAAAUCCUUCUUCUUCUGGUUGUGGUUUGAAAUGGAACUCGUGAAUUGUGACACGAGCUCCGGCUGCUGACGCUAUACGAUCCAUGUAUUCUUCUUGCUCGAGGAAAAGGAAGAGACUAAGACCUACAUCAAAUAAAAUGUUUGAUGAUUUUCGAGAACCAUUGCAUUGACAAUUUUUUGUUUGAAUGAAACCGUAAAGUGGUGUGCAUCGUUACUUUUAUCUGAGUUUCAAUGGGAUCACUUAGGUAGUGAAGGACAAGAAGGUAAAUGGUCUGCUUAACAAGAUAAGCUGGUCCCUGUUUUGUUAGUGUGUUGUACAUGCGAAACUUGCGAUUUUCACGAAUGACGCUUCAUCACACAUUUCGUGUAAAUGACGUAUGGCUUGGUUUAUUGUUGGUCUGCUUGGGAUAUUUAAAAAAGAAUAUAAGACAGGAGUCAAACGAUAUCGGGUUUUGUGACUAUUUUACUUGCAAGCCAAUGGACAGUAGCAUGGCAAGUUGUUCGUUCUUGCUAGACUUUCAAGGCGUUCAAUGCAUAGAGCUAAACAGACAAAGAUAUGGAUGUUGUAAAUCCUGGAGCAACGUAAAAUCCUUUCUCUUCUGGCUGUGGUUCAUGGUCAAACUCGUGAAUUGUGACACGAGCUCCGGCUGCUGACGCUAUACGAUCCAUGUAUUCUUCUUGCUCGAGGAAAAUGAAGAGACUAAGACCUACGAAACCGUAAAGUGGUGUGCAUCGUUACUUUUAUCUGUGUUUCAAUGGGACCACUUAGGUAGUGGAGGACAAGAAGUAUGUCUUCGGAACCAGAACCAUUGAACAAGUGUAAUGAAGAGAAUGGGUCAGUCGUUUUGACUACAAUGACUACAAGCAAAGUGCGUUACAACUGGUUAGAUAUAACAGAAAAGUUUAAACAUGCUUCUAAAGAAAUGGAUCUUGGUGAACUUGUGCAUGAUCCAACCUUCACCUUGUUUGAAGCUAUGUCUGCGAUCGAAAUAAUGGAUCCAAAAAUGGAUGCUGGCAUGAUAUUUGAUCACAACAAAACUUGUCCUUUUAAGCUGUCGAGGCUGGUAUUAUAAAGAUUAAAGAUUUUACAACAGUUGAAACUAUUGGAAUUAUGGAUCACUUGGCUUCUUGUCUUGUAACAUGGUUGGAUGGGCAUUCUCUUAUUCAGACAGUUCUUAUUUGUCUAUAUGUCCAUAAUCCUUACAUCAUAGAAGAUCUUUGUGUGAAGGCAUUUUGCAUCCUAAUGUUAAGAAUAUGUGAGGUGAUUAGAGACAUGAUUAACAAGGCUCUAGUUUAUGAGGAAGAAGACUUUCAACUCAUGACAUAUGGCUUCAAAUUAACACCACAAGUUACAGAUACAAGAAUAUCAGGUAUGAUGAAAGAAGCGGAAGAGGAAAUAAAUCGUCAGUUAAAGGCUGCUAAAAGUGAAGGAGAGCCUGGGAGCGAAUCAAGCACUUCUCAGAAAAUCAAGCAACUUGAAGCUUUGUUGCUUCGUUUUAAAUUCUGGAAGUCAUUUUAUCUCGCAACAACUUUUUUCGAUAAAACUGACGUAACGAAUAUAAGUGCAGCUAGACAAAUGCUUGCGUCCGCACAAAAAUAUUUGCGAUUAUCAAAAGUGACCAUUGAAAUGGGCCUCCAACCAGAUGGCAAUGGUAAUAUGUUAGGAUUUGAGCCUGCGGUGAAUCAGCGAUUACUUCCACCGUCAUUUCCACGACAUACUAAAAUAUUUAGUCGAGAAGGGACAUAUAAUUACCUGGACAAUCUCAUUGACCGUCUUGAUAGAGCUUGCAGUGUGACGGAAAACACAGGACUACAUCAAUUACUGGAUUUUGUUGAAUCAUUUAGCCAACUUAAUCCUUGUGUGUUUUCACGAUCUCUAGUUCAGACUAUAUUCUGGCAUAACAACAAAAUCUUUGGUAAAAGUUCGUUGUCUGAUGUUCUUCAACUAGCCAUCAAACAAUUCAACAGUCCACCGUCAAUAGCUGAGAAAUCUCCGCUGAUCAACAGUACUAAAGCUCAGAAGUUUGUCGAAAGCUUUCUUUCUUUGGCUGAAAGGCCAAUCACUUCACUCCUUCGUUGUUUGUGUCACAAUCGUGCUCGUCAACGCGAUAAACUGGGUUUUCUUUUGGACGAUUUCGCCGUUCUCCUCGAAGAGGCCGAUAAGAUUGAUGCUGAUCUACACCAAAUGGUCAUUGCUGUUGAACCAAAGAGAGAACAUUUCGCAUGUUUUGGUUCGUGGGUUCUCAAUCGAACAUUGAAUGUGAUGAUCCAAUAUUUAAUAUUGGGUUUAGAGUUACAGUUAUUCAGCGCACACGAAUAUCAUUAUUUGUUCUGGUAUCUGGAAUAUCUUUUCAAUUGGCAAGCGACGUGUUUGUCUAGAGCGACAGAGUUACUGCAAUCGCACGAAACUGCUUUAGGUAUUUUUCUGGUUGAAAUUCUCGUGGAAUCGCCUUUUUACCUCCUUCGUGAUAUUAUGUUCCAUUUUACAGAACAAAAGAGUGGAAAAAGUGGAAAGAAGAAUAAAAAGAAAAAAAGAGCCAGUGAAAAUUUAUCCAAGAGCACUUAGGAAUGAAACAGUUUUAUCAUGGUUUGAGAAGCUUGUGCUCAGGAUAUAUGAAGGCAAUGGAGGCAUUUAUAUUUGGUGGUAAAAUUUGUUUUCCAGCCAAUGUGUUUGAAAACGAGAGGAUGAGGUUUGAGCAUCGCUUCUUGCCUUUUCAAACGUUGGAUACGCCACAACCUCGAUUGUUUAAUCAAUAUCAAGAAUUUCUUAGCAUAAAUCUCUCACGUAUUCGUCACGAGAAAGAGCUGUUUGCCAUUUCUGCAAGGCAUUUUCAGCAAACAAAAACGAUAAUGGAAGGAGUCUCAAGCACGUAUGU